GUCAGCCGCCGAUGGUGGCGGCGACUUCCCCUCAGGAAUCCCGGUCUCCGCCUCCUCCUCCCCCCACGCCUGCUCGGCGGCGGAGGCGGCGGUGGCGGCAGCGGUUGUUCCUGCCUCUCCGCCUCCUCCACCUGGCCUACCCCCGGCCGGCGGCGUUGGCGGGGAGCGGGACAGUAGUUGUAGACGCCCGCCCCUGCCUCAAAGAAGCUCCCCAGUUGUUGCAAGGUCUCACUGUUUGGAGAAAGUUUACACUAGGAAGCUGAAGCCAUUAAUGGGUGAAUAUGAUCAGAUUUCUCCACCAAGUUCUCAGCCUGAUAAAGAGAAUCCCUUGUUGUCAACCUAAUGAAGCAUUCAAAGAAGACAUAUGACUCUUUUCAGGAUGAACUUGAAGAUUAUAUCAAAGUGCAGAAAGCCAGAGGCUUAGAACCAAAGACGUGUUUUAGACAAAUGAGAGAGGACUAUUUAGAAACCUGUAGGUACAAAGAAGAGGUUGAAUUCAGACCCAGGUAUAGAAUGUUUGAUCAAAGAAUCCCAUCUGAAAGCAUCCAGACCCAUCCAAGGUCAUGCAGUAUUUCACAGACAGUGGGAAACCAGUUACCUCAGUGGCUGCCGGCUCAUGACAGCAGGCUGAGACUAGACUCCCUAAGCUACUGUCAAUUCACCAGGGACUGUUUCUCAGAAAAACAAGUACCUCUGAACCUUAGUCAGCAGGAGUAUAAUUAUAGCCCAUGCAGUGUAGAAUCUAGAGUUUACAAGCACCUCUCAGAAAACAGUACCAGUGCCCAUAAAGCCAGUCAUGAACGGACACAUCAGAAGAGAAAAAGGCACCCAGAAGAAGGCAGAGGAAAAUCAGAAGAGAAGCAGCCCAACCAUAAGAGGAAAAAAGGUUGUGAGGAAACAGAUUUAGACAAGAGCAUCCAAAAGAAAACAGAGGUAGAAACAGUCAGGAUCAGUACAGAGAAGCUUAAGAAUCAACGGGAGAAAAAGAGACGAGACGUAGCCUCUAAGAAAGAGGAUCGUAAGCAUAGAAAAGAGAGAAAGGAACAAGGCAAAGAAAGGACAGAGGAGGAAAUGCUAUGGGACCAGUCUAUCCUUGGAUUUUGAAGCUCUGAGGUUAAACUGAAAAAUCAGUGAGGAGCUUGGUUUUAUGAUGUUCAUAUUCAUAACACUUUUCUCAUGUAAACAACUAUUUUAACUUCUAACAAAGGCCAAGUGAACAGAAAGUAUUUGGGCCCUGGCCGGGUAGCUCAGUUGGUUGGAGCAUCGUCCUGAUAUACCAAGCUUUCAGGUUCGAUCCCCAGUCAGGGCACAUAU